AUGCCCUUGAUGUUCCGUCAGGCUGACCUCCCCCACGUGGCGGCUGCGUGCCGUCGCUGGUGCCCGCUCGCCCUGGACCCCUCGCUGUGCUGCGCUGCCUUCUGCCGCUCCCACCGCCUGCUCUCCCUGCGUCUCCCCUCCUCCGCUGCGCGCUCCCAACCCCCUCCCCUCCCCUCGUCCCCGACUCCUCGCACCGCCCGCCGUGGCCCCCCCUCCCUCCUCUCGCUCCUCGCGUCACCCGAGUUCGCCCUCUCGCACCCCAUUGGCCGCACUGACUCCAUUGCCAGCCUGGCAGUGCGCUUCCACGUGCAGGCCAUGGACAUCCGGCGUCUCAACAACAUCAUGAGUGAUCAUGCCAUCCACACGCGCACGCGCCUCCUCAUCCCCAUCCCCCCCUCGCGCCGCCCGGCUGAGCUGGCGGGGCGGCAUUGCGCCAUCCAGUUUGAUUCGCACGCGCGGCGGGAGGUGCUGCUGGUGUUCCAGGAGGGGGAGGAGGCGGAGAUCCGGCAGGCGUAUGGAGAAGCACGAAAUGCCAGACCCUCGGCAGCACAUGGCACUGCGCAGGUGGUUUCUCUGUUGCAAAGAGCCCUUCAGGUGGACGAGCCAACAGCGCAGUACUACCUGGGCGAGGCGGGCAGCGAUGUGCGGGCGGCAGUGGCACUGUUCAUGGAGGACCAGCAGUGGGAGCGGGCGCAGGCACAGGCAGGGGAGAGGAGGAAGAGCCUUGUGAUUGGCUGCAGGAGGGGGAGAGCUGAUAGGGAAUGUGGCUCGAAUGCGAGUGUGAAGCAAGGAGAUAUUGUGCGAGAUGAGAAAUUAGAGCGUUGUCGAAUCCCCUUCCCCCGUCCGUCCAUAUCUCGCAUCCACCGUCCGUCGCCACAGCUUCCCCCAUCCGUCGCACCAGCUUCCCCCGCCCAUCGCCCUCGCUUCCCCCGCCCAUCGCCCUCGCUUCCCCCGCCCAUCCCCCUCGCUUCCCCCGUCAUCGCCCUCGCUUUCCCCUCCCGUCGCCCUCGCUUCCCCCUCCCGUCGCCCUCGCUUCCCCCUCCCGUCGACCUCCCAUCUCCCUCCCGUCCCCCUCCCGUCCCCCUCCCGUCCCCCGCCAAUCGCCCUCCCGUCCCCCUCCCAUCGCCCUCCCGUCGCCCUCCCAUCCCCCUCCCAUCCCCCUCCCAUCCCCCUCCCAUCCCCCUCCCAUACCCCUCCCAUACCCCUCCCAUCCCCCUCCCAUCCCCCUCUCAUCCCCCUCUCAUCCUCCUCCCAUCCCCCUCCCAUCCGCCUCCCAUCCCCCUCCCAUCCCCCUCCCAUCCCCCUCCCAUCCCCCUCCCAUCUCCCUCCCAUCCCCCUUCCAUCCCCCUCCCAUCGCCCUCCCAUCCCCCUCCCGCCGCCCUCCCAUCCCCCUCCUCUCCCCCUCCCAACCCCCUCCCACCCGCCUCUCAUCCCCCUCCCAUCCCCCUCCCAUCCCCCUCCCAUCCCCCUCCCAUCCCCCUCCCAUCCUCCUCCCAUCCCCCUCCCAUCCCCCUCCCAACCCCCUCCCACCCCCCCCUCAUCCCCCUCCCAUCCCCCUCCCAUCCCCCUCCCAUCCCCCUCCCAUCCUCCUCCCAUCCCCCUCCCAUCCCCCUCCCAUCCCCCUCCCAUCCCCCUCCCAUCCCCCUCCCAUCCCCCUCCCAUCCCCCUUCCAUCUCCCUCCCAUCGCUCUCCCAUCCCCCUCCCAUUCAUUCUGCUCAUCUUUCCGUCCUUAUUUUCCUGGGUCAAUCUGUUUCCCCUGCUCAUUCUCACUGUGUUUCUCCUGCCCAUUCUCUCCCCAACUACUCGCUCUGUUCCUCUCUGCUCCACUCUCUUCCCCCUGUUUCGCUAUAUUUCUUCCUGUUCACUCUCUCUUCCACUGCUCAAUCUGUUCCCCCUUUCACUCAUACCCAUCUCCAACCACGCAGUGUACAGGUCCCAGGCCCCAACACCACAGGCCAAGGUUGCAUGCAGUGUAGCAACAAGAACGGGGAGAAAAAAAAAUACAUUUCCUAG